AUGGCGGGUGAAGUUAUGGCGGAAGGGAUGAAGUUGGAUGUUUUGGAUGUGUGUCCUCUUCUUAUACUUCAAGACAGCAGCAAGAGGUUUUACGACGGCUAUAUUACUGUUUGCGUAAGUUCAAAUGUUGGUUCCUCAGAAAGAGUGGUAUACGGAAUUAACUGUAUGACUUCACUGAUCAUAACAUUUUGCAGAAGAAGAGUUUCCGAAUGUCUAUCGAAAUUCCGGAGAACAGAUCAUUAAGAGACGCUAGGUAGGUUCGUUGCCAAAUGUAUUUGUUAAGACAUCUCCCCAGUAAGAACAGAGUUCUAAAGUCUACGAGUUUCUAAAUGUAAAGUUUACGUAAGAAUCAUCUCGUUUGGGGAAGUACAGGGAUGUAAAUAAACAAAUCCGGUUACCGGCGGUCAAUCGCUGCCUGUAAGAUGUCUUACCGCCGUCUGUUUAGCUCGGGUUUGGGUUUCAGCUUACAGCCCCUUUUCCAGGCGCAUGUACUACUGUCUAGUAAACCACCAUUGAAAGCUGCGUGUGGAAAAAGUUAUUGAAACCCCAGGCAAGUAGAUAAUAGGAAGAUGAUAUUAACCCGUUGCACCCAAACAUCAGUAUGCUUAUUCUCCAUACUGUUCUCUAAACAUUUCCUAAGUUGCUGACAAGGAGAACUUGUUUAGCAAUCAAGAGCUUCUUUAGUUGGUGAUCAUUUCCUUUAUUCUCAUGACCUUAAUGUGUGACUCAGGUGUGAUAUUGUAGGGAGAAAUAAGAUAUAAGUCGCUCUUAGGGGUUAAAGGAUUAAUGGAGCACUGGUGGCCUAGGCUGUAAAUGAGCUGUUUGAAUUUACAUUAUUUAAGGAAAAUUUGGGUAUAAACAAAAUAUGUAUUACAUGCAAUCAAUUUGAUGCUUCAACAUCCCCCCCCUCUGGGGUAACCCACUGGUGUUCGAUUUUUGUCUUUGCUGGAGGUUGGGGAAUUCUAACCUUGCCUGGGUGGGGUGAGGUAUUUGAACUGGAAGUGUAAAGCCUUUUCAGUUGAAUACACAUGUUUUAUCUUUUAAUAUGGAGGUGUUUAAGGUAAAAAGUUUCACUUUCACAAGCAAACAGUCUACACUCAAGUGAUGGUAAACAAAUUGAUAUUCACUGUCAUUGAUCUUGCCUUUUACGAAGAAUGUGACCAUCAAGUCCAGCCUUCGGGUAGGGUAUUUAAAGGAAACAAUCUUAACAAGUUCAAAUGCUUGGGGUGUUGGGGGUGUUGCUUGAUGGGGGAGGGGGGUAUUGAAUCUUGAAUUGAUCAAUACAUUAGAAUUUCACAUGACUAUUUGUAAAAGAACCUUGUAAAAUGCAAAAUUCAAACAGCUUCUGUAAACUAUAAGUUAAAGGGCUCUCAUACAGCUUCAGGUGUCUGUGAUGAUGCUGAUGGUGUUUGUUCAUAUAAUUUGUUAGGAUAGAAUGUGAGUGGAAAUUAAGACAUUUACUGAGAGGCUAUGAAGGUGUUAUAAAACAGGUUAAGUAUAAUUAUUAAAUUUUUUCUAUAGGCCAAUAGUAAGAAUCAUUCUGACCUACUGAUCCUAGCAGCAUAUAUGACACUUGCCAUUCAUGAACCAACACUUUGCUUAGCUCACAACCAAGUUCGCUGUAGGUCAGUGGUAGAGUAUUGGUGCUGGAAAUCCUAAGGCCUUGGAUCCAAAUCUUUCUUUGCCCCCUUCCUGUUAACUAGAAGUAACAUCUUUUCCUACAAGACAUAAUCUUCACAGCUGAUGGUAACUUUCCUAGUUGAGGUGUUUUCCCUGGAAAAUUGAUGUGAUUCUUACUCCCCAAUAUUAAUAUGGCUUAUUGCAUAUUCUCCAUACUGUUAUCUAAAUACUCCCUAUGGCCUGACAGGGAGAAUUUGUUUAAUAAUCAAGAGCUUUUUUGGUGGGUGAUUAUUUACCACAUUCUCAUAUCCUUAAUGUUUGAUUCAAGGGUGAUACUGUUCUUUCCAGGUAUUCAAGGGUUGAAAGAGCCUUUAAAGGAUUUCAAAUUUUGUUGACUGAUUCCAAAUUUUGGAAAUUUCCUCCUUCUCCUUCUCCUCAUCAACUACAUGAAAAACUCUCACUUUUGACAAAGCUGAUCAAUGUGUUUUCUUUUCUAACAAGUGUGCUAGACCUUCAAAAGUAUACACAUUUGAGUUUUUAGAGGAUUCAAAAUUUUUUAGGCUUAGGGAUUUCCAGCCCACUUUAGUCCUUAAAAAAAAACUCUCAUUCUUGACAAAUUUGAUGAAACUCAAUGUAAAUGACCUUGCUUACUACCCAGUGGUCUUAACCUGGUUAUUUCUAAACAUUUCUCUUUCUUCAGAGGUUAACUCAAAGUUUGGAUCUUCCUUCCUUCUUGAUGGAACUCAAAAGUAUUCUGGUGAUGAUUAUUUUCUUGUCUUGCUUGUAGUUGUAGCAUUAUAUAACCUCUCUGCUUGUUGUAACUUUGUAUGAUGGCUUGUAGCCAUUAAUAGUACUUUUUGUGGCCUUUGAAUUACAGGAGAAGCUUCUUGGAAGCCAAAAAUUGGACAAAGUGGUUUCACAACCCAACUUCUACACACAUUUAGUUGCAGAGUUAGAGGCUAUAGGAUGGGAGAAGUGAGUUGUAGCUCAUCAGUCUUACAGUUUUGACAAGCAUGGGGAACAUAGUGUACUUAUUUGCCUGCUACCUGGUUAGUUCAGGUAGAACUUAGAGAACUUAGCUCUUGGUGUUGUAAUCUGGCCUUGUUCCAAAAAUUGCAAAAAUUUGGGACACCUGCUAAAUUGCCUCUCAAAAAUUGUAAACCAGUCAAUGCAGUCAGGCCCAAAGUCCCCUGCAAAGUGUCAUAAAGUAUAUUGAAGCAUGUUAUGUGGACAAUGUGCUGUAUCAUAUAGAGGGUUACUGAACAGUAGUCAAACAAAAGUUGAACAUAACUCAAGCUUGAAAAACUAGUGUUAGUCCUAACUUACCAACUUUACUUGAUAUUCUUAAUAUUUUCCACUUUAUCAAAGGUUGGCCUAUGUGGAUUCAUCUUUUCAAGUGUUAAAACUUGCUUCAAGGUAAAUAAAACAAUUAAAACAUCAAAAUUUUCAUCAGCCCUGGCCAUUUUUAAAUUAAAACAGAACCAAAAUUCUUUAAUUUAAUUAUUUCCUCUCAACACUUAUUUUCCUUUUCCCUUUUCUUCACAGAGAUAUCAAAGAAAGAGAGCAUGUGAUCACUGUUCGUCUCUCACCUCAGGUAUCAUCAUUUAGCCAACAGACCCCAGUUGUUAAAAGCAUGGUUAACUUCUUGUCUUACUAUCUAGCAGAUGAAUUUUAUCCAUGGCGUCAAAUCAGUGGUUCAAAGGAUGGAUAGCACUAUUUACUCCCUAUCUAGUGGAUAAAUUUAUCCAUUUUUUGAUCAACCAGGUCCAGACAUAUCUGAGAGUAUCUUUAUUUUCAUCCUCCCUAUGCUAGGGUGCAUCUUUGGAAACUGAAACCACCCAGAUAAUUAAAACCAGUUCGACGACUAAACUGAAACAAUAUUUCCCCACAUAUUCAGUUUCUGUCAAUCAAAAAUCGCAUACAAAACAAUGGGAUUUUCAUUCAUUCAUUGACUGACAAUGUAUAAACUAUAAACAAAUGAAGGGGUAAGGCUUUUAAAGAAAAUGUGGUGCUACUUUGGUGGGUAUAACCAGAUCAUUUGGUUAUAUCAACUGAGUUAAUAUUUUAAAUUAGCCACAGUGACCACUGAGAGUGACUAUCACUUGAAAUGGCAGCUUUAGAAACUCUUCACUGCAGCCAAUUUAGAUGAUAAAAACCAAAUUUGCUUAAAAACCAUCAUUUAGUUUCAAGCACCUUUACAUGCUUGUAUAUUUAUGCUGAUAGAGUUGCCAUGGUUAUGCCCUCCUCUGUGCCUCUCUACUCAUCUAGUGUUUAGGAAAAAAAAUUGAAUAUUAUUAUCAUUAGAUAUGAUAAAUAGAUAAUAAUACAUGGGCGCACAUGAAUAUGGAAUUUCUCAUUGAGUUUUAACUUGAUGGCUCACAAAUAAGCGCAGCGAACAAGUAAAAUAGAGAAUUGAACACAAGAAGAGAAAUUCCAUAUCAGUCUACAAGCAACCAUUUACUUCUUUGUCUAUUACAAACACAAUAGGCCCUUACUGACAAGAAAAGUUGACUUUAUUAAAGAAUGAAAAGAAUAGGAUCCACAAUCCCAGAAAAAAAGUCAUUAGGUGCAUUGGCAAUAAGGUUCAAGAUGAAAAAAAUGUGUUGAAUCGUUACAAAAACAAACUGUGGGCGUAACUUUCAAUUUGCAAAAUUCUCAGAUAGUGACUUUUUCCUCAGCAACAGAAAGAAUAUUUUUAGGUACACAAGCAAAAUCAUUCUGUGACAAACCUUUCAAUUUUUUAUUUUCAUUCUCAGCCGCAAGAUAUGUCAUUGUCAAAGCCACUGAGUACAUAACUUUUGGUUUUUCUUUUUGUAUUUUGGUUUCCUUCUCCUACUAGGGAAAUUUUGAACGUCACUGUCUGUAAGAGGUGUGAAUUUUUCAGUGUCUUAGCGGGAAUAAUCUGAGAAAAUUUUAAUAAACAACCUUGGAUUGAGAAUUGUGAAGGCUUUUCCAUUCAUUCACAUGACAGAGUGGUGCAAAAGGCAAGUGACAUGUCAGCAGCUGAUUGGCAAUAUCAAACACUAGUGAAAAAUUAAUGUGAGUUAUGGUAUUUUUUCAUGUGUGUUGUUAUGGCUUUUUAUUCAGGGCUGGAAAUCCUUGUCUAAUGCUGCAGUUUAUAUGAUAUACUGAUUUAGUAUUGUUAUCACUUCUUCCAAAUAGAAAGAAGUUUGUCCAUUCUUAAAAACUUUUUUUUUUUUUAUCUCAAGCAUCCACAGGUAGCACCUACUUGUUCUGCAGAAUUACCUGGAAAACCCUUUUCUUUCACAUGGUCUUCUCAGGUAACAGUGAACAGUAAAUGUAUAUAUCCAAAUGUUAACUGACAAAUGAUAUGUGAAAUAUUUCAAGGAGCAAAGAAAAAGGAGUGAGAGAGAUAUUGUUUCUCCCUCCAUAUGGGACACUCACUUGAAAUGACUUUUAUUAACUGUCUUCUCAUUGGAUGGGUUCAUAUCUGUCUCUCUUCAAUCUUUCUUUUUUAAGGGUCAACCUCUUCAGCAGCUGUAUCAUCAGUUCCAACAGGUUAGUUCUGAGUGAUGUCCAUAUUUAAACUUAAGUUUAAGUUUAAGUAAUGUUAGUAGGUUUGAUGAGUUGUUCUGUUGUUGUUUUGCCAAUCCAUUAGGCUCUCUCUCAAUUUGAGGAUUUCUGGGACAUGCUAGAUGAAAUAGACAGUAACACGUGGGUUCUUGAGCCUGAGCAACCCUCAAGAUCGUGUACAAGCAGAAGAAUCGCUCUUGGUAACAAUGCUUCUGUUCAGAUAGAUCUGAACCCAGUCAAUGCAAGGCUUUUGCCAGAGUGCAGAUUUAUGGGUGCUGACAAUGGUAAUCAGUUUGCACUUUUCUUUUCUUUUUUGAACUUUUAUUUAGUUUUUCUUUAGACUGGUUAAACUGCUCUGUUUCCUACUGAUACAAAAUUUUUGUACAGUGAAUGGUUUGAACUUAGUAGUUUCUAUCUUUUUUUUUGCCUUCAUCAAUAAGAUGUUUUUUGAAAUAAGAAAAUGUACACUCUGUCAUACCAUGUGACUGUACAGGCAAGGGUAGUGGCAGAAGAAGUUGUUGAUGUUGACAGCAACUCACAUUUUUAUUUAACAUUAACCUUUUAACUCUCAGAUCAAAUUUGUAUUUCUCUUUACUGUCAACCAUACAAUUCUUAUAAUGUUAGUUCAGAGAAUUUAGUACUGGAUCAACUAAUUAUCCCCAAAUUGAUAUUUUCUUUAUUCUCAUUACCUAUCUGGUUGAUACUGUAUUGAUAUGGUAAGGAGAAAUUCCGACUUGGUCACUCAUGGGAGUUAAAAGGUUAACUUUUCACUCUCUUUAUCAUUAACUAAUUCUCCUUACUAUCUGUCAUACAAUUCUUACCAUGAUAAUUUGGAGAAUUUGUAUUAGAUCAACUAAUAAUCCACUAAUUGAUAUAUUUCUUUAUAUUACAAUUAUUAUUUGCAGUGAUUGUUCCUUUACGAGAACAUUUGAAUGCAAACAUCCACACCUGGUAAGAAUAAAAGGCUAGUUUUGCAGGAAUUGCAAUUCAAGGUAGCUGUAAGAGAAAAAAACAUUUUGCAAGAUGGAAAAUUCCAAUAGCUACUGCAUAUAAAUUGGUUUUCUAACUCUUUUGGAGAUAAGAAAGUUCAAGUUGUGAGGGUGAAACACUUUUUAUGAAUCUUUUAGGAAUCCACAGUUAACAGUUUUGACAAAUCUGGAAAAUUUAUUGGGACAGAAAUUUCCCUCACCUUCUACAACAAAGAAAGAGGUAUCACAUAAUUUCAGACAUUCAAUAUUUUUUCAUUAUUUUCUGAUUUUUUAUCAAUAGCAGAGUGAUAUACCUUAAUAAACAUACAUGCCAUAAGAAGAAACUUUGAUUGGCUCAUGGCCAUUGCAUUUUGCUGGCGGGUCACUCUAAACUUGACCAUCUGUGACUUUUACAGUUAAUAUUUUAAUGAAUAGUUGAUUUAUACUUAAACAAUUAGGUUAUUCACUCUGUAUUUCUACAUGUGAUAGUCAAUUCAGUCUUUGCCUCUUAAACUUUCAUGCAAUAGAAAUUUUUAGCCCAUAAUCUAAUUGAAUGUUCAAUCAAUAGCAAUUAGCACAGCAAAUCAGUCCUCAGUUGUUUGUAGGAUGGAUACCAUUAUCCAAUGGAUAAAUAUCUAUCCAUUGGAUAGCACAGAUCACUUUGUUGACACUUAUCCACUGGAUAGUGAUUUAUCCAAAUCUUUAUGCAUCUCCUUUGUGUGUGCGUGUAUGGCAGGAUUUCAGCAUGGAGUGUGGAAUUUGCUAUGCCUAUCGCCUUAAUGAUCUGAUACCAGACAAAGCUUGUGAUGAUUCUAGAUGUGGACAACCUUUUCACAGCUUGUGUCUCUAUGAAGUAAGUAGGAUCUCUGUCUUCUUUGUUUUUCAUUGACAAAUUUUUUUUCUAAGAUAGCAGAGUGAUAAAUCACAUGUGAAUUUACUAGUAUGGAUACCUGAUACUCAAGUCUUCUUAAACCAUCUCUGUAUUAGUUGCACAAGGUAUAAUUAUAAAUUUUACAAUGGCUCAUGUGCAAGUUUAUGCCAGGAUAGCUGAUUGUCAUUUUAUCCCCAUGCCUUGUGCUUUGAUCCCUGCACCCCUAGGAGUGACCAGUGAGAAACUAUUCUCCACAUUACAAGUACUUUGGAAAUAGAUCUGGGAUAAUAGGAGAGAAACCAUAAAUUAGGAAGUAGUGAGUGAUUGAACACUGAUUUCUCUGAGAUAGAAUUUUAAGAAAUGAGCGACAGUCUGUGCAGAGAAUUGACAUUCAGAUUUUGGGAUUGAAAGAGUCAAAGGUGUAGAUUAGUGUAAUUUUUUAUUAACUCUUUAACUCCCACAUCAAAUUUGUAAUUCUCCUUACUGUCAACGAUACCACUCUUACAAUGUUGGUUCAGGGAAUUUAGUAUUGGAUCAGCUAAUUAUCCCCAAAUUGAUAUUUUUCUUUAUUCUCAUUACAUAUAUGGUUGAUAGUGUUUUGAUACUGUAAGGAGAAAUUCUGUCUUGGUCACUCAUGAGAGUUAAAGGGUUAAGUAUUGAGAAAGCAUCAAUAGGAGCAGAACACCCUCCUAAAAACAACAAGAGGUUGGCAAUUUGCUUUUCUUCUACUUUCAGUGGUUGAGAGCCCUGCCUUCAAGCAGACAGAGUUUUAACAUGGUGUUUGGGGAGUGUCCUUAUUGUAGCAAAGUAAGGAUCUGUUUGUUGUUUUUUUUUUUCAUUUGGAUUGCUGGUUUGUGCAUUGGUUUUCAUAGUAAUAAAAUUUAUCAGUUCAAAAUGUUAGCUAAAAAAAAAGUAGAGCUUGAUUUUGUGGGCUAUGGUAGUCAGAGGUGUUUGUCGUUUACUUCCUGCAAUCCUCUCAAGGGGGCAAAGGUACAGCUGAAAAUUCAUGCAAGGGCUAGGAAUUUUUUCUUUUACCUGUUGGUUAACCAGUCACAAGCUCCCAUAACAGGCACCAUUGGAAGAAAAGAGGAGGGUUGGAAUUGGUUAAUUAGUCAUCUUUGUGCAUCUGUGCACAUAACGCCUCGGCCAGAAAAUGCCAUUGAAUUAUUGCAGUUGCUAGUCAGUCAAACUGCACCCCAUGUCUAGCCUCCGUCCCUCUUUUCCCAUUCUUCAGUUUUCCUCCCAGUUUCAUUGGGGUGGCCUCUCUUUGGUUGCUAAUUAGGAGUCUAUAAGAAGGUGACUCUUGGCAGGGCUGUUUUUCCACUCCAAUUUAUGGCCAAAACUCUUGGCACUUAAGCCAUAAACCCAAGUGGAAAAGACUCACAGUGUGGACCUCAAACUUUGUUGGUAAGAAGUAUUUAUUUCCACUCUAUCAUAAAUAAAAUUUGCUUGUUCUCUCUUUUCUUUAGCCAAUUACUGUCAAGAUGGUGUCAGGGAAAUAAUUUUUCCUGCUGGCUUCAGGAAUGGAUGAGUACACCUUGAAAAUUUUGUAGAAAUCUUGUAGAAUGCUAUAUUAUGAUGUGUAUUGAUACCAGUAAGUUGUAUUGCAUGGCCACAAAAUCUCUCUUAUCAAGAUAAGGCAUCAACAUCAUUAGUAUGGUUGGUUGACACAAAACGGCUCCUCACAAUGAAAAAUUGCAGGAACAAGAGGAAAAAUGAAAUACCAAGAGGAAGAAUCAUAAUUUAUUUUCCAUCAUUUACACACCUUCAUAAGUCUCACAAAAUGAAAACUGCUUUAAAAAAUAUCUCUGUACAUACUUAAAUUUAAGAUUUUCAAUAAAUAUUUUAAAUUAGUUCAGAAUCUAAUAAUCUGUUACAAGUUUUCAGAUAGUAAUCAGUUCAUAAUGAAAGUUUUAAUAGCAAAAAUAAUAUUGCCUAUUUAAAUUUUUAGAAAAUAGACUGG